AUGGGUGCCGUCAUUAUUAUGGGCGCCGCGGUGUUCUCGUCAUUGCGAGCGCACGCGCUGUGCCAAUACAAACCCAUCUCCUGCCUCGUUUUGGUGCUAGGGUCUGUGAACGCCGUUCCCUUGGUUUAUACAGCGAUCCACAACAAGGCCACCUACAACCCAGGACUCAAUAAUGUCAACGCCAUCUGCGACGUGGAUCUGUCGCCGUUCAUAUCCUUCCGCAAGGAUCAUCCUUGGGCGUUCCUGUGGGGUUCUUUCUUUCAGAAUGGUGUUCUAUACUUCGUUGUCCUCCUCUUGGUGAACGUCCUGAACCUGUGUUUCGUCAACAACGUCCAGGCAAGGCUGCACCUCAUGCGCUUGAUGCCUUCACUGGCCAAGUUCGAAGCUGAUGUUUCCCUUCCAGAUCUCGCUCAAUUUCAUCGCACGGCAGCGGUGCUGACUUGCCGCUUCAUCCUCGACUUGUUCGAAGCGAGCAUGAGGACACGCUGGGUCAGCACCGGCCCGACACUACACCUCUCGAACGUGCCCGCGUUGAGGCCGUCGCGCUCGCUCGCGUUCCAAGACGCCGGCGGUCUCGCCGCGGCUGGACACUCCCAACAAAUAUUCAACGCGGACAUCAUCUGGCACAGAGCGGAACUCGACAGCGAGGACGUCGACGGUGCCACGGACGACUACGACUUCGAGCUCCAGUCUGUGGACCCGGAACGGCGAAGAUCGGAUGUGCACCCUCACAUAUCGCGGUCGUGA